AUGUUUUGGUUGUUGAUGCUUGGUGUUGGAGGGGCCUGGUUCUGCAGUGUUGUGUACGCGCGCUGCCUGUGUGUGCUGGGAGUCAUGGCUGAGGAGACGGAUUUGAAUUUCAGUGAGCUGAUAGGGAACCUGCUCACGUCGCACAACGCGGGCGGGCCGCCCCGUGCGGAGCAGGAGCAGACUGGGGCCGUGGGGGACGCAGAGGGGGACGUCGAGGUGCCCGAUUUUGAUCAGGAUGGGCCCGCAGAUGACGAUUUGAUGGCCGUCGUGGCUAAUGCUGUGCAUGCUAUAGGGCAGGACGCGGGCGAGCAUGGUCACGUGGAUGCGGAUGCGGAUGCCGGUGCAGACGCUGAUGCAGAUGCAGAUGCAGACGAGGGCCACUGGGCACAUAUUAUACAGCAGGGCCUGCUAGAUGAGGAGCAACACAAUGACACAGCGGGGCAGGGCCAAGGGCAGGGACACGACACGCUCGACCAGGACGAUGAAAACUUGGGGAGAGCCAUUUUGGCAAGUCUGCAGGGGUUCAGCGAGCCUUCUGCUGCAGAAGUGGGGGCCUCAGCACCGGCCGCAGAGGAAAGUGCUUUUCAGCAGACGAAGAAGGCCGCGGCAAAGAAGAAGAAAAAGAAGGAUAAGACCGCUGCGGACAAGAAGAAGCAGAAGAAGAAGAAACACCAUCAUGACAAGACAACUGCUGAAAGCUACUCUUUCCCAUUUGGGGAGGGUGCUGCCCCCGAUGGGGAGGCUGGAGACACUGGGUCCAUUGAUAUGGAUACACAAGCUCUCGUAGAGGCCACAUUGAAGGCGUUCGAAAAACAGAUACUCGCCUCGGACGAACAAUCGAACAAAUCGGAUACAGCGGAGAGGAGAGCAACCGGUAAAACUCAGGAGUCCACUACGGAUAAAGCCCUCGAUUACGAUAUACCGACAUCGAUCUUCUACCCGCAACCGAAACGACCCACAGCAACAAAGAAGAGACAGAAGAAGAAGAAGGCCACGCGGAAGAGUGCAACUGUAGAUUCCGGCGCGAACACGAUACAACAGGAGGAUGAUUUCUCGAAAGUGCUCGCAGAUAUGGUCAACCAGGUCGUCCAUACCUCCGUCGAGGAGGACCAGCGCGGGAGAGACCUCGAAGAUGAGUUGAGCGACGAGGGAGACCACAUUGAACCACCGACAUGGAACGACAACUUCGUCCAGUUGGAGUCCGCCAACGCAGAACCUUUCGACUUAAACCAGAUCAUGCAGAACGCAAUGACUCUCGCGUUCCAGGACGAACACGCUGAGCAGGCAGAUGCAGAGGUCUCCCCGUCAGUACAACCACACGCCCCCAAACCGGCAAAGAAGAGGAAAGAACGGAACAAGAAACCAUUGUACCCGGGGAACGAGAAGUUCAACAAGGGACUUGGGAAGUUCACGCUGGCAGACCUGUCGUCGGGGGAGUCACCCUUCCCGACGAAUCUGAGCAGAACACCAUCUUUCACAACAAGGAGACAACACAGCAAGUUCAGCACCCUCAAGGACAGACAACUUAUUAUCAGAGAUAUUGACACUGCCAAACCAUCUUCUAAACACAAAACAAUGUCGAAGAAAACCUCUGCCAAACCUGAACUGACCAAUGAGGAGUAUUUCAGGAAAAAAUUUGCGCCCAUUGCCAACGAGGCAGCAAGCGUUGCUAGGAAACGGAGAAGGGAACAGAACAAAACGACACGUCUAAAGAUGAGGGAGGAGAAGGACAGAGAGCGCGAGGAGAAGAGGAGCAUGAAACUGCAGGAAAUUGAGAAAAGAGAGGAGGAACAGAAAGAAUUGAAGGCUAUUGUCGCUAAAGGUCCACCAUACCCUGCAGAUCUGAGACUGACGAAGAAGGGCAUCCCGAAAAAACCGUACAGGAGGUGGACGCCAGAAGAAAUGGCCCUCAGGGCACAGUUACCAAAAGAUGAGGCUGGUUUCCCCAUCAAAAUCUCAAAACAUGCAUCUAUGGACAGAACCAGGCCGAGAAAACCGGCAAUUUCUGUGCUCAAAAAGUUGCCCCUGUUCAAUUUUGUUAGCAAGAAUAUCACCUCGCGAGGGUCCGAACUCAAUGACAUUGAUGGCACUCUGUCGAACUUACCUCUACCUAGCGCUCCACUAAAAGAGUUGGCCCAUCAAUGCCAACAGUUAGGGUACUCUGAAAGGGAGGUUAUCACUGCAUUGAAGCAGAACAGCGCAAGACAAUUCAGCCCAUUUGUUAAAACCGUUCUGCAUAAGGAGAAAUUCCUUUUCCACCCACCAUGGAUUAUUCCACUACAUCCACCGCUCGCUUUACCAGUCGCCCGAAGAAGACCGAGACAAACGCAGAGGGAGGACACCCCAGCAUCUACUAAGACCACCGUUGGCAGCUCUUUUGUUGCCGCUACGAAGAAGCUGAUCCCAAUCAUCUUAAACCCAAUAAUUAAGACGUUGAAGGCCGCAGCGAGAAAGAAAAUCGCAAACGGUGCCUCGCCAGAAGAGGCGACAAGACAUCUGUUAACUAUCGUGAACUACACCAAGAAAUCCAUCAUCCAAACAAUCAUCAAUGCAAGACAAAAGGCGACUCAAGAACGCACUUCGAGAAUCAAAAGGGAGGGCAAAGUACCCUUACAGAUGAUCCAGUUGAAGACGCCAGAAUUGAACACACAUAGAGUACCUUUAUUCAACCUUGCCAAGUUACAAGAAAUUGCGGAAAAGGAGAAAAUCGCUGAAAGUGACGGGAGACCGACUCUAAAUAAGAUUAAAAUUGAAGGAACCGAUCCUCAUCGGUCUAUUCCAAAAAUAGCGGAACAAUCCGACCAACCCAAAGAUGAGUCUGACAGAGCUGUGUCUCAGGAAGCGCCGCAUUCUGAUGCGCAGGAAGCAAUUGAAAUUUCGGACGCUGCUGAGGUGGAACCAGUUACAGGGGAACAACAUGUAUCCUUCGAGACGGUAGACAAAGAGGCUUCCAAAGAAAAUUUAUCGGUGGUUUCAGACGUCGAGGGGAGUAAAUCGGGAGUCUCAUCCUUGGAGGACAAGCCACCGCUAUCAGAAGAAAAUUCACAUAUCGAUUCUGAAACGGCGAGGAGUGAUUCGAUGGAAAUUGAUAGAGAUGACAGCCUGCAGCAGUCAAACGGAGAUACUGUUAGAAAUGAUGGUGGAAUUACCACAGUGAGAGAGAUAAUUGAGGUGAAAGACGAACAGGAUGAGACGGCUACACCACCACUGCCAAAGCUCCAACCAAUAAAACCGAUCGAUAUAAAACGCGAGGCCCCUAGAGAGGAACUCGCUCAUUCUGUCAAAGUCGAAUCGUUGGUAGAGUCCCUAGUGAAGGAGCAGAUGCGUCACGAUGAGUCGAACCCUGAGGAAAAUGUGUCCUUAAGUUCAAACCUGAGCAAUAUCAUUACUUCCACAAUCAGCGGAUUGAUUCCGAACAUUCAAGAGGCCUUCCUUGAAAGAGAGCAAGAGGAAGAAUAUAACGAUGCUGAGGAUACAAAGGAGGAAAAAAUCGAUAAGAACAAAAUACUAAACCUGGAUGGGCUAGUGCCUCCAGCGCAUAGUUUCCUGUCCAACACUGAACGACUAAAGCAUGCUCGCAUUCCGAAACGGGUUGUUAGGAAACCGCGGAUCAAAGUUCAUAAAAGUGUCUCUCCGCCGCCUCCAGAGUAUACUUUCUUGAUACCUGGGCAGACGAAUGCUCCGAAGAGGAAAUCUUUUGUGUUGAAAAGGGCCAAGGAACUUUUGAACGCGGAUGAGAUGCUGCUUCUGAGACGGGCAAUUAACAAGGAGCGGAAGCGGAAAUGGAGGGAGGCCAACGUCGGGAAGAAUUGGGAACACGAUCUCAGAUCAAGAUUAAAGAAGCGUGCCAGCAUGUUGUUCGAAAACGGGACUGCCGAGGAGAGGGACCGCUGGAUUGAGAAGACUUUCAACGCCAAGUGUGAGGAAAACAGGCACAGUGAAUCUGAUUUCAUGGAGAGAAGCCCCGAGGCAAAUAAGCUAAAAUGCAAAGUCACGGAUAACGAAGCGUUGAACUUCAUCGCAUCGAGAGUGAACAGAAUGGACGUUGCUCGGAUGAUCGAACGCGAUCUUUGCACGGAAUUUGGAGAUUUUGACGAGACGCCGGCGACCAAGAGACAGAAACUGGAUGAUUCCUGCUCAAUGGAUAAUGGGACAUCGAACGAGGUUAUUGAUAUCAGUAUAUAA